UCGAUCUCAUCCUAACAACCAUGGCUAAGACUAAGCUUGUUGCUCUUUCCUUCAUAGUUUUGCUGAGCAUCGGCCUCUCCGAGGCAGGCCGAGCCUUGACAUCUUCAGGUGGAGGUGGUGGUGGCGGAGAAGGCGGUGGGGGAGGUGGUGGCUCUGGAAACGGCUCCGGUUCAGGCUAUGGUUCCGGCUCCGGUUAUGGUGAAGGAGGUGGAUCCGGGGCUCAUGGUGGUGGGUACGGAAGAGGUGGAGGCGGCGGUGGCGGAGGCGGUGAAGGUGGAGGUAGCGGAUCUGGCUAUGGGUCCGGAAGCGGGUACGGGUCUGGCUCUGGAUAUGGCGCCGGUGGAGGGCACCGUGGAGGCUACGGAAGUGGUGGAGGUGGUGGGGGUGGCGGUGGCUCCGGCGGAGGGAAUGGAAGUGGAAGUGGAUCGGGCCAUGGAUCCGGCAGUGGCUCAGGGUACGGCCAGGGUGGUGGUGCCCAUGGAGGUGGUCACGGAAGCGGUGGUGGUGGCGGCGGUGGCUCGGGCUCUGGGUCAGGUUCUGGUUCCGGCUAUGGUUCAGGCAAUGGGUCUGGAUAUAGGAGUGGACCCAUAAUUAACUCCUAGGCCAGUUAGCUUGAGGUUGAAGCCCUUCCGCGUUCUACACUUCUACUCCACGUACCGCAGACUGCCUCGCUCACUCUCUCCCUGCGCCUUUUUGUUUUUUUGCUUGUGCGCAUUUUGUAAUAAAAAAUGGAUGGGCUUUUGGUUCUGAAUAAAUGUUAAAUUCCUUGUUCUUAGCAGUGGAAGAAAAAUUUGUUAAUCUUGCAUUAGUUUUUAUUUGUGAGAUAUUUUCGUGUCAUUGGUCCAUA